ACCCACAUUCUCCCGUCUCUACCCUUGCCCUUCCAUCCUUCAUCCCUCCUCUCAGUCUACACGACUCCGCCUACCUCAAACCUUCACGAAUCCUUGCCCACCCCAACCCCCAUCAUCAUGGAGCACCAGGUCCAACAGGCCAUGGAGGUCAUUACGGAAAUGUCCGAUAUGCUCAACACUGGGCUCACUCGUGAGCAGCUGGCACUGGUGGUCGACCUGUGCGAGAAGGGCGUGAACCCGGAGGCUCUGGCAGCUGUCAUCACAGAGAUCCGCCGUGAGGCCGAAGCACUCAAGGCUGAGGCUGCUCAUACACCGUAGGGCGAGAGUGGCCGACCCAAGACGCAGAUGUGGUGAAAUCUCCCGCAACGGUGGUGAUGAUGCGACGAUUGGCUUCUCGCUCGACUUUCUCCUCCUCCUCCUUCUCCCCCCCCGCCAC